AUGCUGAAACUAUCGUUUCCUCCAGUGGUUGAGAAGAAUCCAUUCCCGCAUGUUGAUAAUCCAUUCCCGCGUGAUGGGAAUCCAUUCCCGCGUGUAGAGAAUCCAUUCCCGCGUGAUAAGAAUCCAUUCCCGCUUGUUGAUAAUCCAUUCCCGCAUGCUGAGAAUCCUUUCCCGCUUGUUGAGAAUACAUUCCCACGUGUUGAGAAUCCAUUCCCGCAUGUUGAGAAUCCAUUACCGCAUCAGAAAGAUUGCCCAGAGGCAAAGUUUCAUUCUACGACUUCACCAUCAGUUUCUUUUUCUUCUUCAUCUAUUAAUUUAUCAGCUGAUGUCUUCUUUUCCUUCCAUGUCGUGUCAUUUGCGACAUUUCUUCCUUUUUUUGCUCAUUUCUUUUCUUCUUUUAUUUAUUUAUUCUUCUUCCCCUCCUGCUUUUACUCAUUUCUUCUUCUUCUUUUACUCAUUUCAACUUUUUUUAUUCAUUUCUUUUCAUCACCUUCUUCUUUUACUCAUUUCCUCUUCUUCCUUUUCUACUUUUACUCAUUUCUUUUCGUUUUCUUCUUUUACUCAUUUCUUCCUUUUUUUACUCAUUUCUGUUUCAUUUCUUCCUUUUUUUACUCAUUUCUUUUCAUCUCCUUCUUCUUUUUUGCUCAUUUCCUCUUCCUUUUUUUCAUUUCUUUUCAUCUCCAUCUUCUCUUUUACUUUUCUUUUUUUUUACUCAUUUCUUUUACUCUCAUUUCUUUUCAUCUCCUUCUUUUUACGUUUCCUCUUCCUUUUUUUACUCAUUUCUUUUUCAUCUCUUCCAUUUACUUUUCCUUUUUUUACUUUUCUUUUCAUCUCCAUCUUUACUUUUACUCAUUUUACUCAUUCUCUUUUUUUUUACUCAUUUCUUUUCAUCUCCUUUUUUAUCUCCUUCCUAUUUUUUACUCAUUUCUUUUCAUCUCCUUCUUCUUUUCCUUCUUUUUUUUACUCAUUUCUUUUCAUUUUUUUUUUUUUUUACCAUUUCUUCUUUUUUUUUUUACUCAUUUUUUUCAUUUCCUUCUUUUUUACUCAUUUUCCUCUUUUUUUUUUUUACAUUUCUUUUCAUCUCCUUCUUUUUUUUUACUCAUUUCUUUUCAUCUCCUUCUUUUACUCAUUUCCUCUUCUUUUUUUUUUUCUUUUCAUUUCUUUUUUUUUCAUCUCCUUUUUUUUUUACUUCUUUUUUCAUCUCCUUUUUUUACUCAUUUCCUUCUUUUUUUUUACUCAUUUCUUUUCAUCUCCUUUUUUUUACUCAUUUCCUUUCCUUUUUUUACUCAUUUCUUUUCAUCUCCUUUUUUUACUCAUUUCCUUUUUUUUUUUUUUACUCAUUUUUCUCCUUCUUCUUUUACUCAUUUUUUUUUUUUUUUUUUAUCAUUUUUUUCAUCUCCUUCUUUUUUACUUUUCUCUUUUUUUUUUACUCAUUUCAUUUCCUUCUUUUUUACUCAUUUCCUCUUUCUUUUUUUACUCAUUUCUUUUCAUCUCCUUCUUUUUUUACUCAUUUCCUCUUCCUUUUUUUUUUUUACUCAUUUCUUUUCAUCUCCUUCUUUUACUCAUUUCUUCCUUUUCCUUUUUUUCAUCUCCUUUUCUAUUCAUCUUUUUUUUUUACUCAUUUCUUUUCAUCUCCUUUUUUACUCAUUUCCUUUUUUUUUUUACUCAUUUCUUUUCAUCUUUUCACUCAUCCUUCUUUUUUUUACUCAUUUCUUUUCAUCUCCUUCCAUUUCCUUUUCCUUUUUUUACUCAUUUCUUUUCAUUUUCUUCAUUACUCCUUCUUCCUUUUUUUUUACUCAUCUCCUCUUCCUUUUUUUUUUACUCAUUUCUUUUCAUCUCCUUCUUUUUUUACAUUUCUUUUUUUUUUUCUCAUCCUCUCUUCUUUUAUUUUCUUCCUUUUUUUACUCAUUUUUUUUUUUUCUUUUCUUUUUUCUUUUUUUUUUACUCAUUUCUUUUCUUUUUACUCCUUUUUUUUUUUUUUUCUUUCUUCCUUUUUUUUUUCUUUUCAUUUUUUCAUUUAUUCUUUUCCUUUUUACUUAUUUCAUUUCAUGUCCUCUUUAUUCAUUUUUUUUUUUAUUCAUUUUUUCUUCUUUUUUACUCAUUUCCUUUCUCCUUUUUACUUAUUCUUCUUCUUCUUCUAUUUUUACUCAUUUCUUUUCAUCUCCUUCUUUUUUUCUUUUCUUCUUUUUUUUACUCAUUUCUUUUCAUCUGCUUCUUUUCUUUUCAUUUCUUUUUCAUCUCUUCUUUUUUACUAUUUUUUUUUUUUUUACUCAUUUCUUUCAUCUUUUUUUACUUUUCUUUUUUUUUUUACUCAUUUCUUUUCAUCUCCUUCUUUUUUUUCCUCAUUUCUUUUUUUUUUUACUCAUUUCUUUUUUCUUCUUUUACUCAUUUCCUCUUCCUUUUUUUACUCAUUUCUUUUCAUCUGCUUCUUCUUUUACUCAUUUCCUCUUCCUUUUUUUUACUCAUUUCUUUUCAUCUCCUUCUUUUACUCAUUUCCUCUUCCUUUUUUACUCAUUUCUUUUCAUCUUUUUACUCAUUUCCUCUUUUUUUUACUCAUUUCUUUUCAUCUCCUUCUUCUUUUACUCAUUUCCUCUUCCUUUUUUUACUCAUUUCUUUCAUUUCUUUUCAUUUACUCCUUCUUUUUUUUUUUUCUUUUUUUCAUCUCCUCAUUUCCUCCUUUUUUUACUUUUUUUUCAUCUCCUUUUCUUUUUACUUUUCUUUUUCCUUUUUUACUCAUUUCUUUUCAUCUCCUUCUUUUUUUACUCAUUUCCUCUUCCUUUUUUUUUUUUUACUCAUUUCUUUUCAUCUUUCUUUUACUCAUUUCUCUUUUCUCUCCUUUUUUUACUCAUUUCCUUUUCCUUUUUUACUCAUUUCUUUUCAUCUCCUCUUCUUUUACUCAUUUCCUUCUUCUUUUUUUUUUUUUCAUCUCCUUCUUUUACAUUUCCUUUUUUUUUACAUUUCUUUUUUUUUUUAUCUUUCUUUUUCUUCUUUUUUACUCAUUUCCUUUUUUUUUACUUCCAUCUUUUUUUUUUACUCAUUUCCUCAUUUUUUUUUUUUACAUCUUUUCAUCUCUUCUUUUACUCAUUUCCUCUUCCUUUUUUUUUUUUACUCAUUUCUUUUCAUCUCCUUCUUCUUUUACUCAUUUCCUCUCAUUUUUUUCAUCUUUUUUUACUCAUUUCCUCUUUUUUUUUUUACUCAUUUCUUUUCAUCUCCUUCUUCUUUUACUCAUUUCCUCUUCCUUUUUUUUACUCAUUUCCUUUUCAUCUUUUUUUACUCAUUUCUUUUCAUCUUUUCAUCUCUUCUUCUUUUACUCAUUUCCUCUUUUUUUUUUACCUUUUUUUCAUCUCAUUUCUUUUCAUCUUUUUCAUCUCCUUCUUUUUUUCCUUCUUUUUUUUUUACUCAUUUUUUCAUUUUCUUUACUUUUCUUUUUUUUUUACUCAUUUCUUUUCAUCUGCUUCUUCUUUUACUCAUUUCCUCUUCCUUUUUUUACUCAUUUCUUUUCAUCUGCUUCUUCUUUUACUCAUUUUCUCUUCCUUUUUUUACUCAUUUCUUUCAUCAUUCCUUUCUUUUUUUUACUCAUUUCUUUUCUUUUACCCUUUUUUACCUUUUUUAUUUUUUACUCAUUUCUUUUCAUCUUUUUCUUCUUUUAUUCAUUUCUUCUUCCUUUUUUACUCAUUUCUUUUCAUGUCCUUCUUUUAUUCAUUUCUUCUUCUUUUAUUCAUUUUUUCUUCUUUUUUAUUUCUUUUUUAUCUCCUUCUUCUUUUUUACUCAUUUCCUUUUUCCUUUUUUUUUUACUCAUUUCUUUUUCAUCAUUCUUUUACUUCUCUCCUUUUUUUACUCAUUUCCUUUCUCUCCUUUUUUUUACUCAUUUCCUUUUCUUUUUUUUAUCAUUUCUUUUCUCUUCUUUUUUUACUCAUUUCCUUUCCUUUUUUUUACUCAUUUCUUUUCAUCUCCUUCUUUUUUUUUUUACUCAUUUCUUUUCAUCUCCUUUUUUUACUCAUUUCCUUUUCCUUUUUUUACUCAUUUUUUCAUCUGCUUCUUCCUUUCCUUUCCUUUUUUUUUUACUCAUUUCUUUUCAUCUCCUUCUUUUUACUCAUUUCCUCUUCCUUUUUUUUACUCAUUUCUUUUCAUCUCCUUCUUCUUUUACUCAUUUCCUCUUCUUUUUUUUACUCAUUUCUUUUCAUCUCUUCUUCUUUUUUUUUACUCAUUUCUUUUUUUACUUUUUUUUUCAUCUCCUUCUUAUAUUUUUUCUUUUUUUUACUCAUUUCUUUUCAUUUUUUUCAUUUCUUUUUUUUUUUUCAUUUUUCAUCUUUUUCUUUUUACUUCUUUUAUUCAUUUCAUUUUUUUUCUUCUUCCUUUUUACUCAUUUCUUUCCUUUUUUUUUAUUCAUUUCAUCUCCUUCUUCUUUUUCCUUCAUUUCUUUUCUUCUUUUUUUACUCAUUUCUUUCUCCUUUUUUCAUUUCUUUUCAUCUCCUUCUUUUUUACUCAUUUCUUCUAUUUUUUUUUCAUCUGCUUCUUCUUUUUACUCAUUUCCUCUUCUUUUUAGUCAUUUCUUUUCAUCGUUUUCCUUUUUUUAACUUUUUCUUUUCAUCUUUUCUUUACAUUUCAUUUUUUUUACUCUUUCUUUUCAUCUGCUUCUUUUUUACUUCUUUUUUUUUUACUCAUUUCUUUCAUUAUUUUCUUUUUUUACUCAUUUUUCUUUUUUUUUUUACUAAUUUCUUUUUUAUUCUUCUUCUUCUUUUACUCAUUUCUUUUCUUUUUUUUUAUUCAUUUCUUUUCUUUUUUACUCAUUUCUUUUCAUGUCCUUCUUUUUCAUUUUUUCUUUUCAUUUCUUUUCCCUCUUAUUCUUCGCCUUCUUCUUUUUUAAUCAUUUCUUUCUUUUUUUUUCAUUCAUUUUUCUUCGUUUUCUUUUUACUUUCUUUUCCUUUUUCUCCUUUUGUUUUACUCAUUCAUUCUUUUCUUUUUACUUUUUAUUCUCAUCUUCUUUUACUUCUUCUUCUUCGCCAUUAUUUUUAUUAUUUAUUUUUUCUUUUCAUUUCUUCUCUAUUCUUCGUUUUUCCAUUUCUUUUAUUUUACUCAUUUUCGUUUUUUUUUCCUUCUGUUUUUUCUCAUUUUUUUUCUUUAUUCGUUUUAUUUUUUAUUAUUAUUAUUAUUCUUCUUUUUCCACUAAAAUUCAAUUUUUUUCCCUUCUUCUCAUAUAUUUCAUUUGCUUUCCUUCAUCCUUAUCUCCUCCCUCUUUUCUUUCGUUUGAUCUUCUUCUUCUCUCUUUCAUCUACUCUUCAGCCUAACAUCCUUUCUUUAAUUUCUUUUGUUUUUUGUUUUUCUUCUUCUUCUUCUUCUUCUUUUUCUUCUUCUUCUUCUUCUUCUUCUUCUUCUUCUUCUUCUUCUUCUUCUCUCUUUCUUUGUUUUAUCCUUCUCUUCACUAAUAUCUCAAUUUUGUUUUCUUCUUUCUUUUCAUACAGUUACAUUAUUUUCUCAUUUUACAUUCAUUCUUGCAUACUGUUACUCACACAUGCGCAAAUCUGA